AACCGUGUUGGAAAAGACUGGAACUUUUGGCCAGACUAUUGUUUGAUCGCGCUUUUUACAUUUAAUCAAUUAAAUUGUAUUAAAAUGGUGCUUAUUAUGCGUGUCUCGCCGCCCGAACACGGCCUGCUGUAUACGGCCAACAACAUCAAGCUCAAACUGGGCGACAAAGUGGUGGGCGAGGGUACCAUUUACAUAGCCCAAAAUACGCUAUCCUGGCAGCCAACCGACCUGCCGGAGGGCAUUUCCAUCGAGUGGAAGCAGGUUAGUCUGCAUGGGAUCUCCUCAAACCCGAGGAAGUGCAUCUACUUCAUGUUGGACCACAAAGUGGAGUGGAACGGCGUGUAUGGCGAUCCUCCGCAGCCGGCGGUCAAUGGACAGAAUGGCGGCGGCGGUCCAGACGCCGAGGUGGACGAGGGAAAUGGUAGCGACGAGCACGAGGACGACGACAACUUCGAGGACGCCGUGGACGAGCAGUUCGAGGAGGUGACCGAGUGCUGGCUGCUGCCCGACGACAUUCACACGGUGGACACGAUGUACAGCGCCAUGACCACUUGCCAGGCCCUGCAUCCGGAUUCGGCGGACAGCGAUUCGGAGGACAGCGAUCCCAUGCAGGAUGCCGGCGGGCUGAACGACGACGAGGCCAUGGAGGAGGACGAUGCCCUGACGCUGGGGCGCAAUGGCGGCAUGCAGAAUCUUAGCCUGGACGACGAUGACGAUCGGUUCGAGGACGCCGACGAGUGAAGAGGAUGCAUCACCUAAUAUAACCCUUUUAUACAAGAUUAAGCGUACGAAUUGUAAGGAUUCACAUGUAUUGGAUUAGAUUUUGAAGUACUAAAUAAAGACUCGCUAAAAGCGCUACUAAA